AUGACCAUAACAAAAUCGUCAGUACUCGUGCUUCUUUCUGCUCUUUACACAAUGUCCUUCCUACCACAAAUCCAAUCUAGGGUUUUCUUGCCAAUGGAUGCUAACAAUUUCAUCGAACAAACAUGCAAGCAGACCGCAUAUUACGAUCUUUGCACCUCUAUUCUCCGAUCGGAUCCACGUAGCUCAGAUGCGGAUGUGAAAGGCUUGACCUUCAUAGAGGUUGGAGUAUGGGAGGCCAAGGCAAAGGAGACACUAAGCCACAUUGAAGAAUUGAUCAAGGGAAGUCCAAAACAGGAUGAGAAGGCAGCUUUGAGUUCUUGUGCUAACAAUUAUAAUGCAAUUAUAACUACUGAUAUUCCUAAAGCCAUUGGAGGUCUUGAUGCAAAUGACUUCAAGACUACGGAAGUAAGCGCCGAGGAUGCUUGCAGAAAGGCCGAUUCUUGUGCGGAAAGCUUCUCAGGGAGUUCUCCUUUGUCUGAGAUGAACAAACUUGUGCAUGAUACGGCUGCUCUGACCGCCACCAUGGCACUAAUAAUGCUCAACUCUCCAUUUUUGUCUUAG